AUGAGUUCCAAGCAACCGAGGGCCGUCUCCAGACGGCGCCUCCCAAAAGGCCCUUCUCAGGGCCAACCCAAAGGCCCUUCUCAGGGCCAUUCACGGGACGCUUCAGCGUCUGAAGCUAGCCACGCACAGUCGGCGGCAAGCAUUCAUUGUGUGGACCAAGCGACGGACUACUCUGACACCGAGUCCAUCAUGAGCGUGUCGGAUUGUGGUUCGAUCCGCCGUGAGUCCAGGAAGCGAUUCCUGCGACAGUAG